GUAUCAUUCGUUUCUGUAGAGAAGAAAUAAGAGGAAAAAAAUAAUUGCAAAAUUGAGCGCAGUAUUUAAGAGGAAUCAACGCGGAGAUUCGCGGAAAAACGCGGUUCAGGUUUUCGCGGUAUCCCACACAACCGACCCAGAGAGAAGAUGCCCCGAAGCAAGCGAGACUCGACGGCGCCUGCGUGACCAUGUGACGCCAUUGGCGAACCGGGUAGCUCGUCCGCUAGACAUUCAGUCUCGCCUCAGCAUCGAACGAGGUUGUGUGUGUUUACGGCGCAUAUUGCUCGGCAAACCAAUAUCACGGAAGUAGUCGAAGCCUGAGUUAACUGACGGUUAACGUAUUCGAACGUGUAAAAAUACGGGAUCACGUGACAUCCAACGAGUCUUAACGAGAGUUUUAUCUCGAAGCUGAGUGCACGAGUUACAUUUUCCACGUCGUUCGACUGGAACGGAUCGGUCGAAAUCGAUCGAAACAUCGUCAAAGGACGAAAGGUGUGAAACGAGUCCAACGAGAUAAAAAGGAAAGAAGAGAUCGAAGAGAGAAAUAAAAGGGAUCGCCGCGAAACUUGUUCCCUCUACCGAGAACUAUCGUUUGAACGGACAAUUAACACGCGAUACACGCGCGUUCCUUCUUUAUUUUUUCCUACGUUCACGGAAUCAGUCUGUCGUCUGACGAUAAUCCUCGCGUCCCCUCGUACCGUUCCAAUUAACGUUCCAGUGAUAAACACGUGUCUCCGGGAGUGUACGAAACGGCAAGAAAGGACGACUAGACAAGCAAAUUUGUUCGUUCAUGUCUCAGACGAUGCCCUUGUCGUUCGACAAGUGACAAGCUCUAAGGGAACAUACACGUAUACACGUAUAUAUAUACAUAUACAUAUACAUAUACAUAUACAUACACGCCACGUAUCGGUAUAUUGGGCUCCGUGAGCAUCGCGGAGAGAGUACAUGCAACGAUCAGGUGCGUUAUCGCGUGUGUCGCUUGAUCGUUUCUCUUACUAUGCACACUGAGAGGUACCCGAUUACUAUGAGAGAAUGAGCUGCACGGUGAAGAUUUCGUGUGGGAAGAACUGGAGCGGAUCGCAGCGAAGGAUCAACUCCCUCGCGGAGGAAACGACGUGUCCUACGGGUGGAAGUGCGAGCUGCGCCGGCCUAGCGGGCCAACCGACAGCCGUAGUGUCGACCACAGCCACCACGUCUACGUCGACCAUUACCAACACCGUCAAUCCGAGCACGCUGACCACCAGUAGCCAGAGGCUCGCGCCGUCGCGUCCUGUCAAGUCGAUCACCGCUAAAAAAGGGGAGGAUACCACGAAACUGCUCAAGUACAUCGACGAUAACGUCAUCGGCAAGAACGGCACGUUCUUCGGACCAUUCGGCCGCAGGAAAGUGGUAUACUGCGACUACACCGCCUCCGGAAGGUCACUGCAAUUUCUCGAGGAGUACAUCGCGAAGGAAGUGCUGCCAUAUUUGGGCGACACCCGAGCGUCCACCUCCAUCUGCAGCCUCCAAUCCUCUCUGUUCAGACACGAAGCCAGAGACAUCGUCCGACACGCGGUGGGAGCUGGAGAGCAGGAUGCGGUUCUUUUCACGGGUCAAGGCACGGCGGCUGCCCUCCGCGCGCUUCUGCGACACCUCGACCUCUCGAAGUCAACCGUGGUCUUCGUUGGACCGUUCGAGCAUCACGCGAAUCUCCGCCCUUGGCGGGAGCACGGAGUCAGGAUAAUACGAGUGUCGGAGACCAGGGAGGGCUUCUUAGACUUGAACGAUCUCGAUCGAAGCUUGAUCAAGAUGCGAUCCGAGGGUGUUACGCAAAUGAUUGGAUGCUUCAGCGCUGCCAGUUGCAUAACCGGGGUUUUGGCAGAUGACGUCGCCACGACCCUCCUCCUCCAUCAGUAUGGGGCGCUCAGUAUCUGGGAUUACACCACAGCAGCCCCGUACGUGCAAAUCGACAUGAACCCACAUCUGCCCGGUGUCGGUGAGACGACCGUGCACAAAGACGCGAUUAUUUUCGCCGGGCACAAAUUCAUCGGCGGGGUCCAAUCCCCCGGGGUGCUCGUGACCAAACGGUCCCUGCUCAAAGAUAAAAUUGCCACGGAGGACAUGAGGGACUCCCAUCACUAUCACCGGGACGCGGAACUCCGCGAGGAGAGCGGCACCGCGGGUGUCGUGGAGGCCAUCAGAUGCGGACUCGCGGUACAACUGAAGGAGAACGUGACGCCUCGAGCGAUCGUCGCUCGUCAAGAUAAGAUUUCCAGGCAAGUGUUGGCACACGUACGCACGAUCCCGGAACUGAUCCUGCUCGGCAGCGGCUCGCAGAAUGUUAAGAGGCUGCCGAUCUUCUCGUUCAUGGUUCGUCACCCGCGGGGCACGUUCCUUCACCACAACUUCGUGUGCGCCGUGUUGAACGACGUGUUCGGUAUACAGGCGCGUGGCGGGUGCGCGUGUGCCGGCCGUUACGCUCACGACCUGAUGGGGAUCGACCAACAACUCGCCAAGGAAUACCAGAAAGCUUUGAUAGAGGGGGAGCGGAACACGGAGAAGAACGAGGAGACGAACGCGGAGGGUUUGAGGCCCGGAUUCGCGAAACUGUCGUUCCCCUUCUUCAUGUCCGAGGCGGAGGUCGCUUUCGUUCUGGAGGCGUUGAAAAUGGUCGCGACGGAAGGGUGGAAAUUGUUGCCGCAAUACGUGUUGAACCCGGACACGGGCGAAUGGAGGCACCACACGAACAGCGUGUUCAAAGAGCGAAAGUGGCUGAGCACGAUCAGAUACACGGACGGGAAGAUGAACGCUUCCGAGAGGCGGGUAUCCGGCACCGGUGUGCUACCCCAGAACUACGGCGAUUGUUUGCAGACGGCGCGUAACAUCUUCAACAGGGCGAGGAAAAUGGCGCAGAGGUAUCCGCUCCAGAUAGACCGUAGCUACAAUUUCGCGUCGGAACGGUUCGAGUCCCUUCGAUGGUUCAUGCUGCCAUGCGAGGCGCAGGAUCUCCUUCUGGGCAACUCGCAGAACGUGAAGCAAGACGUGCCUUUCAAUCCGAUCCUCUCCUGGAACAAGCAUCACGGCCACCACACGCCGACCACCACCCACGACAGCCUGCUCAAUUCCCUCGCCCUUGCAAACAGUAUCCGCCGAUUGAACAGCGACAUCCCCCGCACGGGAAACGUCCCGAUCUCCCCCAAUUCGCCCAGACAUCGAAGCCUUCCCGCGUUGAGCUCGGCCAGGAAGACGCUGUUGAACGCGACCGAGUUCCACCGUCACCCGUCCCCCUCCUCCGGCCCAGCCAGCGGAUCCAACGAGGAGGAGCAUCGUCGCCCGUCGUCGUCGACCGUGGAGACGGAUCGAAACACGGUCGUCGAGCCGAGCAAAGGUCAGAGAUCGCCCGCCACUUGCCCGAGCUCGCCGACUCCGGUGAGAUUCGCGGUGGGCGAGGCCGUCACCCCGUCGGCCCUGGGCGCGAUGCCCAUGUCGGGCAACAGGCCUGGCAAGGAGCUGAUGAUGCACGAGGCCUCGAACGCGGGCCGAGUCAGGUGCAACUCGCUCGGCAGUACGAGCGGCGGCGCGGAUCCCGCCAAUCGAAACGUCGCGUCCUCCUCGUCCUCCCCGAUCCCCCCGCUCCCCCUCAGCCCGCAAACGUUGACCAGCCUCGGCCUGAGCGGGAACAACGGCAACAACUACUCGAAGCACAGGCGCCACCAUUGCAGCUGCAGCAGCCAGACGGAUUUGAACUCGUUGGAGUUGGACAACGGGAGCCCGAGCCACUCGAUCUUGUCGUUGAAUUGUCACACCGCCACCUCGCCCCCCUCCUCCUACUCGUCCGUUAGCGAUUACACGGAGAAGUUCGUGGGCGGCGGCAGGUCGUCCCCGAUCUCGGGGAACGGGGGCCAAAGGUCGGAGGACGAUCUGAGGGCUUACGUGAAGGAGAUGACGAAGGAGCUCGCGACCGAGAUCAAGUCGGAGAUACGGGAGGUGAUCUCGAAGGUGGACGACGCCCUGUCGGAGACGAACACGUCCGAGAACACGCCGCAGCAUCACUCGAGGAAUCUGGCCGCGGUCGGCCAGCUCUCGGUCGAGGAGAAACAGACGAGGCACGAUUCGUUCACGGCCAGCGACAUCGCGGAAUACCUGAUGGAGUUCUCCAAGGAGAUGGCCAGCGAGGUCAAGUCGGAGAUCAGGUGCAUGGUGAACGCGGUGGACGGGUUGCACAGGCACUCGCCGGACGCGUCCGCUUCCGACGUUUCCUCGAACGGUUGCGGCUCGCCCGACCGGGCGGGGAGAGGAGGAGGAGGAGGAGGGAUCGUGCAAGCGUCCGCCAGAAUAUCGGCCAGGCGAAGCGGGCCGAUAGAGAUCUCGGGGAAGGUGGGCGAGUUGACGCAGCAGGAGAGCAAGAUGUCGAGCGAGUGCUCGUCCGACGAGACGGUGAUAUACGUGAUGAAGCCGGCCGAGAACGAGCAGGUGGUUCGCAAGCGGUCGAAAACGGACGACGCGGAGGAGCACGCGGUCCACGACCUCGACGACGAUCUGAACGACGACGAUUCCCAAGAGCGGGCAUGCUUGGAGAUAGGGGACGCGAGAAAGGUGCUGCCGAAAAUCUACUCCGCGGUGAACUCGGUCAGCUCCCAGGACAGCGGUAUCAAUCUGUCGUUUCACGAGAGCGACAAAUCCCUCGACUCGAUGGAUUUGAAGCGCAGCAGCAGCGCCGAGUCGAACUCGACCAACAGUUACGGCCGCAAGCCGAGGACUUGCUCGAUGACCGCGCUACCGUCCAACAAGUCGAACAGUUGCAACAGGCAACAGGCGGCCCGUCAGAACGACGAUUUCUCCGAGGACGAGGAAUGCUCGAGCAACGACUUGAAGGAGGAGGAGGACGGGGACGCGGCUAGUUCGUUCGGGACGAAGGAGGAUGGUGGUGGAAAGGUGGAGGCGUGCCGUGCCCAGUGGCAUUGCCCGCCGAAGAACAUAUGGAAGCCGGCCGUCGAGGCGAUGCAGGAGUUCGACAUGAUCCGGGACAACGAUCGGGUGCUGGUUUGCUUGUCGACCAAUUGCAAGAGCUCCCUCUCCUUGUUGCACGCGUUGCACCAAUACCGGUUCUACGUCAGGUCGAAGGUCGACUUCGAGAUCGGCGCCGCGACCGUGGACCCGAGCGGAUCCAACCCCGUGGAACUGGCCGGCUAUCUCAAGAGUUUGAACGUCCCUUACUUCCACGAGGAGCGGGAGGAGGAGGAGGGGGAGGAGGAGGAGGAAGAGGAGGAGGAGCAGCAGCAGCAGCGGAGCGAGGAGGGGAAGCGCAACAGCGGGGGGUUGGAGGAGGGGGUGGACGCGAGCGGAGCGUGCAGCUUUUGCGAUCGUGGGACCAGGGCGCAGUUGUACGCGAUCGCCAAGCGACACGGUUACAACGUUCUGGCUGUGGGCCAACACUUGGACGAUCUGACCGAGGGUUUCCUCGUCUCGGUGUUCCACGGCGGCAAGCUGAGAACCAUGAAAGCCCACUAUUACAUUCGCCGUCAAGAUCUGAGGGUCGUGCGCCCGUUCGUUUACGUACGGGAGAAGGCGUUGAGGCAGUUCGUCGAGACCAAGAAGCUGUUGGUCUCGCGGGGAAUCGGGUCGAGCGACCUUCCCGAGAAGCAGAAACGAAGCAAGGAGCUGAUACUUCAACAACAAGAGCGCGCUUACCCUCGCCUCUACUGGUCCCUGAGAACCGCUCUCCGGCCAUUGAUCGACGCCCACGAGCAACAGAUCGAUCUGGACCUCGUCUCGCCCGUGGUGAACACGCCGGGGAGCAGUUCGAGCGGUUCGAGCAGCGGUUGCUGCAGCUUGGCCGUGACGGCGACCAACAACGGCGGUGGGCAGCAGAAGAGGCAGCAGCGAACUCGAGCGAAGGCGAAUUCCUCGAUCUCGUCGGUGACGUCGGGCCAGUGGCAGGCGGCGGGGCAGCAGGACGAGAACGAGGAGACGGACGAGGAGCCGGUCCUUUGAGGGAGACCCGUCGCGAGAUGGGAUUUCAAUCGUGAUUCGAUCUCAUCCUCGCAUCGCCGUCGAAAAUUACCGUCAUCGGCGUUCUCCUCCGUAAUCAGGAGGAGGAGAAUGCGUUUCGCCGCCGCGGCCAAGAUUCCAAAUCCCGAGGGAGGAGAAUGCUAAGGGAGAGGGGAGUGAAUCGAUGAUGACUCGUUGUUUCGGGAACACCGUCGAUCGAUCUGAUGAUGAAACGAAACGGCGCGUGUCGCUCAUUCGAACGCGUAUUCCUCAUCUUCCGGACUCUCAAGGAUCUCGUUAGGCUGUUCUUCUCCCGCCGCACCGAAACUUCCUUCGAUCGAUCGUUUGUUCGAACGAUCGAGAGGACCGCGUUCCAUCGGAGAUCCUUCAAAUUUUCUCCAAUCGGAUUAGACCUCUGAUUCCGGUUUUACGCGGUUUCUCUAUUUCGGUUUCGCGAACAUGCUCUUAACGGAUCGUUUCGUGAACGUUUUCGUUUCACGCCUUGAGCGUUCUCCAAAAAAGGAGAGAGAGAGAGAGAGAGAGAAGAACGUCGAUGCACGAAAA